AUGGAAAGUUCAAUCGUAUCUAGUUCACAACCACGAUCUGUCGCUGUCGGUGAUUUUAAUAAUGAUCAUCAAAUGGAUAUUGUUGUAGCGAAUUCUGGUAGAAAUACUAUUGGAAUAUUUCUUGCACAAGAUAAUGCAACUUUUACAAAUCAAAAAAUCUAUUCAACUGGAUUCACGUCUAGUCCUUAUUCGCUUGUUGUUAAUGAUUUUAAUAAUGACAAAAAUUUAGAUAUCGCAGUCGCUAAUUAUGGUACCAAUAAUAUCGGAAUAUUUUUAGGCUAUAAAAAUGGAACGUUUGCUAAUCAAAAAGUAGUUUCACUUGGUUCUUCUCGUCCAUUUUUUAUUACUAUUGGUGAUUUCAAUAAUGAUAAUCAAAUGGAUAUUGCUGUAGCUAACUAUGGUACUAAUACUGUUGGCAUUCUUCUUGGAAAUGGUAAUGGAUCUUUUCAAGAUCAAACAACUUAUCCUACGGGUUAUGAUUCUCUUCCAUAUGCAUUAGCAGUUGGUGACUUCAACAAAGAUAAUCAACUGGAUAUUGCUGUGGCUAAUUAUGGUACUAAUAACAUCGGUAUUUUUCUUGGAUAUGGUAAUGGAACAUUUGCAAGCCAAACAAUUUAUACAACUACUCUAAAUUCGAAUCCAUCGUCUAUCACUGUUGGAGACUUAAAUAAUGAUAAUUAUCUCGAUAUUAUAGUUACACAUUAUGGUACUGGCAAGAUUGGUAUAUUUCUUGGCUUGGAGAAUGGUACAUUUGCAGCACAAAGUACGUUCUCAAUAAGCUCCAAUUGUCGUCCAUAUUAUAGUGCUGUUGGUUAUUUUGAUAGGGACAAUCAAUUAGAUGUUGUUGUUGUUGAUCCAGAAAACAACCAAGUACAUAUUCUUCUGCAAUAUGAUAAUAGAACAUUUGCUACAACAACUACAUAUGAUGGCAUAAAUGGAUCUCGUCCAUUCUGUGUCGUUGUGACAGACUUUAAUAAUGACAAUCAGUCAGAUAUUGUUAUAGCCAACUAUAAUACUGAUGAGGUACUUAUACUUAGUCAGUAUUUUGUGAAAUCAUCAUUAAGACAAACGAGUUAUUUUGUUGGAAAAGAUUCACGGUCGUCUGCAGUCGCUAUUUAUGAUUUUAAUAAUGAUGAUCAAUUAGAUGUAUUGGUUAAUAAUUUUGACGAUGAUAGCUUACUUUUACUAACUGGUAAUGAUGAUGGAACUUUUAAACAAGCAACAAUAUUUUCGACGGGAAGUAAAUCAGCUCCAAAGGAUUUAGGUAUUGGUGAUUUUAACAACGACAAUCGAAUGGAUAUUGUUACGGCUAAUUAUGGGUCUGAUAGUAUAGGUAUUCUUCUUGCACAAGACAAUGGAACUUUUUCUAAUGUGACAAUUUACUUCAUGAAUCACGGUUCUAAACCUUGGUCAGUAGCUGUUGGAGACUUUAAUAAUGAUAGUCAAUUAGAUAUUGUCACUGCAAAUCAUGGAUCUGGUGGAUUAGGUAUUUAUCUUGGAUAUGGCGAUGGGACAUUUGCUAACGUGACAACAUACUCUACUGAUAUUAUUGUUGAGCCGAUAUCAGUUGCUGUUGGCGAUGUCAAUAAUGAUAAUCGGUUGGAUGUUGUUAUCACGGAUUACGCCUCUAACAACGUGGGUGUUCUUCUUGGGCAUGGUGAUGGGACUUUUCUUGAUGCAACAACCUAUUCUGUUGGUAUUUUUUCUGGUCCAGCUGCCGUCUGUCUCGUUGAUUUGAAUAAUGAUAAUCACCUGGAUCUUGUUGUCUCUACUAUAGACGGAGGUUUUAUAAGUGUUUUUCUUGGAUAUGGAAAUGGAGCUUUUCAAGAGAUCGCAACCUAUUCGACUAGUUCUACUUCAGCCCUUUACUACGUGGCUAUUGCUGAUUUCAAUAACGAUCAUCAACAUGACUUCGUCGUGACUGAUGCUGUCAAUGACGAAAUAAUCAUCUUUUAUGGAUAUGGCAAUGGCAGUUUCCAACUUGCAAGGAGAUAUUCUACUGGUUUUGGUUCGAAGCCGUAUGCCAUCACCACUGUCCAGCUGCAAAACAAAACACAAAGAGAUAUUGUUGUUACUCUCUGGGGCACAGGAAAUAUUGGUAUUUUCACUGAAUAUGCUGCAGCAGAAUUUUCAAAUCGAAAAACAUAUUCAACUGGUUCGGCUCCACAACCGUAUUCUAUAACUGUUGGUAAUUUCAAUGAUGAUAGUUACGUAGAUAUAGCCAUCGUCAAUUCAGGAACUGAUAAUUUAGAUAUACUUUUCAACUCGGGUAACGGUACAUUUGUAACGCAAAUAACGUAUCCUAUCGGUGCUGAUUUGUCUCCACGAUUUGUUAUCGCUUAUGAUGUCAAUAAAGAUAAUUAUUUAGAUAUAGUUAUUGUUAAUUCAAAUAAUAAUAGUAUUAGCGCACUUGCAGGGCAUGGCAACGGAACUUUUGAUAUCCCAAGGGUGUAUUCAACUGGAGAAGAUUCAUAUCCAUUGGCAGUAGCUUUUGAUGAUGUCAAUAACGACAAUCUAUCAGAUGCAAUCAUUGCUAAUGCAGGUACAGAUAGUAUAGGUGUACUUCUUGGAUUUCAUUAUACAACAUUUCAAAGUCCAACGACUUAUUCUAGUGAUAAUAAUCGAAGACCACAUAAUAUCAUCACUAAUGACUUCAAUAAUGACACAUAUCUAGAUAUUGCCGUUACUUUUUCUUUGAGUGAUAACAUAGGUGUUCUUCUUGGAUAUGGUAACGGAAGUUUUGGUGUUAUGAUGACUUAUUCGACUGGAAAUGGUUCACUACCUGAAUCAUUGGCUGCUCAUGAUUUUAAUAAUGAUGGGCAAUUGGAUAUUGUUGUCGCUAAUUCAGGUACUAAUGACAUAGGUAUCCUUGUCGGAUAUGGUAAUGGAAGUUUCGCUAACAUGAUAAGAUAUUCAACUGGUAGUGAUUCUGCUCCGGUUGCGAUUGCCUUAACCGAUAUAAACAAUGAUGGCCGAAUAGAUAUUGUCGUGGUCAAUUAUGCUGCUAAGAAUAUAGGUAUUUUACUUGGACUUGGUAAUUUGACUUUUAAUACCUUACUUACGUAUCCAACUGAAAAUGGUUUGCAUCCAUUAUGUGUUGCUGCUGGUGAUUUUGACAAUGAUGGUCAAAUAGAUAUCGUUGUAGCUAAUUAUCAUGCUAGCAAUAUCAAUAUUUUUUUAGGUUAUGAAAAUGGAAGUUUUACAACUCAAAUGAGUUAUUCAACGGGUUAUCAAUCUUGGCCGUCUUGGAUAACUGUUGGAGAUUUCAAUAGAGACAAUCGACUUGAUAUCGCUACUAGUAAUUUUAAUAAAAAUAAUGUCGUCAUUUUCCUUGGAUAUGGAAAUGGUACUUUUGCUCCUGCCGCGACAUUUUUCACCGGAGAUGGCUCUAUUCCACAAUUUCUUGAAGCUCGUGAUUUUAAUAAUGAUGAUAUAUUAGAUAUCGCUGUCGCUAAUUAUGGAACUAGCAAUAUUGUUGUUCUUUUCGGAUAUGGAGAUGGAAAAUUUAUACUAGGGGCCGCAUAUCGCACUGGUAUAGGAUCCGCCCCAUAUGCGUUAGCUAUUGGUGAUUUUAACAAUGAUACUCGGUUAGAUAUUGCUGUCGUAAAUGAAAGAUCGGGCGAUAUAAGUAUUUUUCUUGACUAUGGCAAGCAACUUUAUGCCGGCAUAACAUUAUAUAGUAUGGGUUUUGGAUCGCAACCACACUCAGUGGCUACUGGUGAUCUGAAUAACGAUGGCCUAUCAGAUAUUAUCGUAGCUAACUAUGGUACGGACAACGUAGGUAUUUUACUUGGACACGAUAAUGGAGUUUUUGGCCCAAUUACAACAUAUUCAACUGGAGUUGGUUCAGCUCCAUAUUCUGUUUCUUUAGCUGAUUUCAACAACGACAAUCAAUUGGAUAUCGUUGUUACUAAUUCUAAAACCGACAAUAUUGCUAUUCUGCUCGGUAAUGGUAAUGGAACGUUUGUAAUUGGAGCAACAUACUCAACUGGAGCUGGUUCUCGGCCAUACACAGUAGCCGUAGGUGAUUUUAAUAAUGAUAAUAUACCGGAUAUUGCCAUUGCGAAUUCUGGCGUUAACAAUAUUUUUCUACUUUAUGGAUAUGGAAAUGGACUUUUUGGAAACGAAACUUUCUAUGCUCUAGGCUAUGGAUAUCGUCCAUAUUCGAUUGCAGUCAAAGAUUUGAAUGAAGACAGUUGGAUGGACAUUGCCAUUGCAUGUUAUGGCACAGAUCAUGUAGAAACUCUGAUAAAAAUGUGUUAA